AUGGGUAGUGCCCUAUCACCCAUAUUAGCGGAUAUCGUACUGAACACACUUCUCGAAACAUCUAUCAACAAAUUAGAUUUUCCUGUCAUCAUUCUCAAAAAAUAUGUGGACGACCUAUUUCUUAUUCUCCCAGAAGAUAAAAUCCAGUCAACACUAGAAAUAUUCAACAGCUAUGAUGAACAUCUACAAUUCACCGCAGAAGAAGAAACCGAUGGCCGUCUCCCGUUCCUAGAUAUGACAGUCAUUCGAAAUCAGAACAACACACUGGACACCGAAUGGUACUGCAAACCUAUCUCUUCAGGUAGAAUGCUAAACUUUCUGUCGUUCCAUAGUAUGCACCAAAAAAUAAACGUCGCAUCCAAUUUCAUACAAAGAGUGACAAAACUCAGCAGCAGAAUGGAAACACGAAAACAACAACAAAUAAUCACCGAUCAUCUCAAACGCAACAACUAUCCUCCAAAACUCAUAAGCCGUCUAUUUCGCCGUACAACACAGAACGAAAAAACAUAUCAAAACAAACAACAGAAACCCGAAGAGAAUCCACCAGCCAUAUCUCCGCCACCAUCACCACCUCCUGUUGCACCUCCAUCACCACCGCCAAUUCCUCAACCACCAAUCAUCGAAAAACCAAUCACGUAUUUCUCGCUACCACACAUACCAGGUCUAAGCCAACAGAUAAGCAAGGCCCUACAAACCCAAUAUCCAGCCAUCAAAAUAGCCAACAGAAACACCCAUACCGUCAAUAAUUUUUUCACUAAAAUGAAGGACCCCAUAAGCAAAUCACAGAUCCACAAUUGUAUAUAUUCGAUCCCAUGCGAAACAUGCCCAGGAAGAUACGUGGGAAAGACCACUAACAGCAUCACGCAACGUAUGUAUGGACACAAAUCGAACAUAAACACCCUAGAGAAGCUACUUCGAGUUGGCCACGAAUACACAGAUCAGGAAGUAAUACAGCUAGGAGAGAAAACUGCUCUCCUUAAACACUGUAUUACUUUCAAGCACCGAUUUGACCUGAAAAAUGUAAACAUUGUAGAUCGGACACAUAAUCCCCACACAUUGGACAUGCUGGAAUGUUUUCAUAUAGUCACAGAACCACACGCAGUAAAUUCACGCAAAGAUGUCCAGGGUGUUAGUGUUAUCUACGCGGGACUACUAUCAAAUACGAAAAUUCAGAGAGGGAGAAAACUUCACAAAACAAGUAUGAUCAACAACAAACCACAUUCAACCAUAGCAUAA